AUGAGGUCGAGCCAGUCAGACUCAGACUGCUCAACUGCAGGUGUUUCAGACUCAGACUGCUCAACUGUAGGUGUGGACUGCUCAACUGCAGGUGUUUCAGACUCAGACUGCUCAACUGCAGAUGUUUCAGGCUGGGUCUCUUCUUCUGACUCGGACUGCUCAAAGCUGGGACUGCUCAACUGCAGGCUGGGUGCUGCAGGUGUUUCAGCUGGGUCUCUUCUUCUUCAGACAGGACUGCUCAACUGUGUUUCAGGCUGGGUCUCUUCUUCAGACUCAGACUGCUCAACUGCAGGUGUUUCAGGCUGGGUCUCUUCUUCUUCUUCAGACAGGGACUGCUCAACUGCAGGUGUUUCAGGCUGGGUCUGCUCAACUGCAGGUGUUUCAGGCUGGGUCUCUUCUUCUUCAGACAGGGACUGCUCAACUGCAGAUGUUUCAGGCUGGGUCUCUUCUUCUUCUGACUCGGACUGCUCAACUGCAGGUGUUUCAGGCUGGGUCUGCUCAACUGCAGGUGUUUCAGGCUGGGUCUGCUCAACUGCAGGUGUUUCAGGCUGGGUCUCUUCUUCUUCUUCAGACUCAGACUGCUCAACUGCAGGUGUUUCAGGCUGGGUCUCUUCUUCUUCUGAACUGCUCAACUGCAGUGUUUCAGGCUGCUCUCAGCAGGUGUUUUCAGGCUGGGUCUCAGACAGGGACUGCUCAACUGCAGGUGUUUCAGGCUGGGUCUCUUCUUCUUCUGACGGACUGCUCAACUGCAGCAGUGAGCAGGUGUUCAGCUGGGUCUGA